CUUUGCUAUUAUUAAUUACUCGCAACACACUCACUCUCUCUCUCUCACUCCACUUACAUUACAUAGCUUUAGGUUGCCCUCGAUCAGUUCUCCCGCGCGCGAUUGUUGUCCUUGUCUUCGCGCGAUCGAAGAUAUCAACGUACAUCGACAAAAAGUUCGUGCAGUACGUAGGAGAGAGAAUGAUGAAGUUGGAUCGCCGCGUGGUAGGGUUCCGGUUCCUCCCCACCGACGAGGAACUCGUCGUCGACUACCUGCUGAGCAAGGUGUUGGGAUUCCCGCUCCCGUCCGACGACUACGUCAAGGACUGCAAUCUUUACGGCGACUUGGAGCCAUGGGACAUCUGGAAGCAGUACUUUCGAGGCGGCGCCCACGAAGAAGAAGAAGAAGAUGCUGACGACGAUGGCGACGGCGACGAGAAGAAGAAUGAUCUCUACUUCUUCACUCCGCUCAAGAAGCGAACCGCGACCGGGACAAGACUCGACCGCAGCGUGGGAUCCAAGGGCGGGAGUUGGCACGAGGAAAACGUCGGCAAGGAAGCCCAGACCCUCGACGGCGCCGUUUCCUGGACCCUGAAGCGGUUCAGCUACCGUACCAAGAAGAACAAGAAGGAGGAGAAAAAACCGCAGACUAGUUGUUGUUCGUGGAUCAUGCACGAGUACUGCCUGCUGCCCAUCCCCGAGCUAGGGCUUGACUCUGCCGCCGCGUCCAAGCUCGCAGUCUGCCGACUCAGAAAGAAGGAGAGCUCCAAGAAGAGGAAGAACAACAACAACAAGUCUACCUCCAUGGUCAUUCUCAUCCAUGAUGCAGCUUACAGCCACGUGGAUGCCGAAUCAUCAAUAAUCGACGACAACGAGGCUCAUGCGAGUCAGGGAUCCACGUCCAUUUACAAGCGGUGGAAGCUCCAUGGCGAAGACCAACAACAAGUAGUAGUAUCUUCGUCGUCCGUGGAAGUCGAGAUGCAACGACGUCAAUGCCUGUUGUCGGGAGUAAACCAAGGCUUGGCCAGCGACGGUGGCCGUAAACAAGAAUUACAAGAAGUAGAAUCUUCGUUGUUCCAGAAGGAGAUUGACCAAUGCUCCUCGGAAGUAAAAGAAGACGUGGUUGACGGCAAGUGCAACAUGAUCAACGAAGAAGAAGAGCUGGACUCGUUGUUGGAUAAGGAGAUUGAAGAAAGCUUGGCACAAGUCAAAGAGGACGACGGGGUUGAUGGCAACGGCAACGAGGAGGAAGAAGAAGAGCUAGACUUGUUGUUUGAUAAGGAGAUUGAAGAAUGCUUAGCAGACGUAAAAGAGGACAACGGGAUUGACGGCAACGGAAACCAAGGAGAAGUAUCACCGUCGUUCCAAGCGGGGAGUAUUAAUGAAGGAGAAGGAGCAAUGACGCAGCAGCAGUCGGUGGAGAUGGAGUUAGUAACGGCAGAGGAGGCAGCUUGGUGGUCGGCCGUCUCAGCCUCAGCGGAGGGAACAUGCAACGUCAACAACGCCUUUGGUUUCAAUUACGUCGACUGUCCUUUCACUGUUGAAGGUCUAUUGGCGGAAUGUUCCUGCUGAAGAAAAUAAUUAUGGAUGUAUAUAUAUAUAUAGGGUGAGUUAUAUGGUACCUGGGUAAAAUCCAGGGUAUCGCAUACCCUGAGUAUGAAAACACUAUCUAGACCUUGAAUUGACCGAUUUUUCGGACAUGAUACUAUACUCUAGCCCUUAAAGAUCAAAAUCUAGGUCUUAAUUCUCCAAAUCUUAUACUCCAUGAUCAAUUUAAUUAGAAACAAUAAUCGACGGUUAUGAUUCGUCCAAAUAUAGGCACAAAAAGGAA